GUCACAGUCUAAUACCUGUCCGCCUGCCAGUCCAAAUUCCAGUACGGACUCAAGAAUGGCUUGACAUUAUUUAUACAGUUAUUACAAUAAUGCAGCAGUCUCCAUAACAGUAAAUCUUCUAUUUUUUUGUGAAUAAAAAUUCCAAAUGGGUCGAAGAGUUCCUAUACUUCGAACUGGCAGUGAAGAGAGCGAACAAGAAGAUGAAAAUGUUCUGUUUGAGGCUCCUAGUGUGGGUGCUGGAAUCUCUGCCAGGCUUGGCCGAGCCAAAGAUGCAGUAGUUAGUGGCAUCUCAGCAGGUUUGACAUCUUUUGGGCUCAGAAGAAAGGAAAGUGCCUCAUCACCAACAUCUCCUGUGAAGCCACCACCUGCAGUUGUUAAGAGGCCUUCUCUAGGUCAGAUCCUAAUGGGCAGGUCACCAUCACGGAAGAACAGUAGAUGUAGCCUGAUGGAAGAGUUUAGCGGAGUGGAAAUUAUAAGUGACCAUUAUUUGAGUCCUCUCACUGCUCCCAAAGAAAUUCUGGCAAAAUUCCCUGCAUCUGCCAUUCUUACUGUUGAAUAUGACUUCUGCUUGGAUGAUGAUGUUACCAUGGCCAAGACAUUAAAGUCCUUGGGUGUACCAGUUACUAUUGAUAUUAUGAGUCGUCUCCCCCAUGGAUUUCUGAGUCUGUCAUUGGUGUCACACGAGGCUCACUCUGGAUGCAAGAGGGCCAUCUCUCUCAUAAAACAGCUUUUUGGCAUGGAAGAAAGGGAAGAAAAUAUUAAAAGUGAUCUCAAGAAUUAAGUCACAUUCAUAAUCUCUAGUCACUGUAACUGAUUCAUUUAUUUUGGAAUGACUUGUAACUUAAUGCAUAAUUCACAAUACAGAAAUUUUUAUUCAUGACUGCUCUACGGGUAAAGUAUGUACCAACUUGUGCUUUGUUUGUGUGCCAAUACCUUAUUAAUACUAAUAUGUUUGAAUUAGUUUUAUAUUUUAUUACAGUACAAGUAUUGUAUUUCACACUUUCAAGAGAUUAAAAUAUUUGCAGUGAAUAAACAUAUUUUCGUGCAUAAGUUU